AUGUACCCCGACCUGUACAAGGGGAUGAGGUUAAAGCCCAACGACCUGACAACCUACAAUUCCCCUCUUAUUAGUUUUGAGGGGAAGACUGUUAUUCCAAAAGGUCAGAUCAGACUACCCAUACAGACUGGUUCGGAAGUGGUGGAGGUAGACUUUAUCGUGGUGGAUGCAUAUUCCCCCUACACGGCUAUUGUGACCAGACCUUGGCUCUAUGCUCUGGAAGUCGUUUCAUCCACCCUACACCAGAAAGUGAAAUACCCCUCAGGGGGCUGCAUCGAAGAAAUUGUGGGGAAUCAACCUGUGGCUCAGCAAUGCCUUGUGGCCACCAUCUCACAUCGACAUGAAACUAGCUCCUUGGUUGGGGCUCAACUACCUCCUCAAGAGAAGGAAGAGCUGUUGGUGUUCCUCAAAAGAAAUAUUGAUGUUUUUGCAUGGGAUGCUUAUGAGGCCCCAAGGGUGGACCCGAAUUUCAUCUAUCAUCAUCUAAACGUUAACCCAUCCAUCACUCCCAAGAAGCAACCGCCUCAACGUCCAUCUAAAGAACAUGUAGACGCUAUCAGGGAAGAGGUGAUAAAGCUCAAAAAGGCAGGGGCUAUCAAGGAGGUCUUUUACUCCGAAUGGUUGGCCAACGUCGUAGUAGUGAAGAAGAAGAGCGGGAAGUGGCAAGUGCGUGGACUUCAUGAAUUUGAAUAA